GUUGAUCGCGAUGUGAUCAAUCUGAGUCCAGGCUUGAGAUGCAGAAGGAGGACGCCAGGUGGCACAUCGGCGAUGACUGUGCCAAAAGUUAGUGCUAGCCAGAAACAGGUUGUGGUCUGUGCAAAGUUGCAGUAGACGGUCCCCGUUAUCUGACCUGCGACCAACAAGUCCCCAUCGGCCACCUAAACGACUCUCUUCUGUGCCUAGACGCCCGACCUGAGCAUUCAAGUCUCCAGCCAGUACUACAAUAUCUGUCGAACGCACUUUCUGGAGAAGAACAGAUAAUUGGUGGUAAAACUCAUCCUUGAUUGCAUCCGGGCUGCAAUCUGUCGGGGCAUAGGCGGAGAUGACGAAAAGACAUCGUUUCUCACGCCGAUUUCUUCUCACUUUGAUGUAACUUUGUAAUCUAACAGCACAUAACCGACUGUUAAUGGGGAUCCAAUCGACUAGUUCUGCCUCAGCUCUAGCGCUUAGUGCGACACCAACGCCUGCAAGACCAGACGAAGAUGCCACAGGGUCCCCGGAUAAGCGCACAUAAAACAAGCUUUUUGAAGUGACAGAUGUAGAGCGAAUUUGUAGUACUUCGCUAGAGUCUUGAAUACGGGUCUCGGAUAGACAACAAACAUCAAUAUUAAGACUUUCAAAGACAUAGCCAGCCCUAUCUGUUGACCAACCUGCAUAAGUGUGCGAACGUUGAAGGCAGCCAGUUUGAAUGGCCCACGUGGUUUCAGAAAAACUGCUUCAGUACUCAUAUUCGAUGGUAACAUACAACUUUCAACCGGACAGUGACUCGAGAACGUUUAGAUACAGUCGGAUUUCCACCAAAGCCGAGCCGCUGUAUAAGUAUGAAAGAGGGUGAAUAAUGUGGGAAAUAAUAAUAAUAAUAAUAACAAUAAUUACAAUAAUAGUAGUAAUAAUAAUAAUAGUAUUAAUAAUGACAAUAAUUGUAAUGAUAAUAAUCUGAAUCAAUUGUUUGUUUUUCAAAGCGAGAAAGGUAAUUUCCAUAGGCAUAAAGAGUUCAUCAAUUUGUGUGUGGGCUGUGAUACUGCCCGGGUGCCCAAACUGACUUUACAUGUUUUUGUGUUUAAGAAACCCAGAAUUGGACGAGAAAGGCAAUUAAAAUUUAUUCUGACUGGUCCAGCGUGUGGAAUAGAUUGAAAUAUGAACUAGCGAAACUUUUAUUUCAUCGACUACCAGUUUUAAUUGUUGAUAUCUAGCUAAACUAUCUUUUGCUAGUUUAAAAUAAGUAUGGAAAAAUUAUCCAUGCUUCAUCCCUGUUCUGUUCAAGUGACGAUAUCAUUUCGUUAGUUUUUUAAUGACCAGUGUUUGGAACUUGUUAUUCACUAGUUAUAUUUUUAAACAUAAGUUAUUUAUUGGUGUUUUAGGCAAGUUGGUUUCCUGGAUUCUAUCAACUUUGGGCUGCUUGGGCACCUCCAAAUGAGCGUGGACUCUUAAUUGGAUUUGCUUAUGCAGGUAGCAUCCGUAAUAAACUUCCUGUUUGAUUUUGUUUUAUUGUCUUUAGUCUAUGGUUCCAAACAUAUAGAUUUGGAAUUUUAUCAGUAACUGUAUAUAUGUAUAAGCUUUGUAUAACCAUGUAUUCACUUCAGUUAAAACGUUUAUCAUAAAGGUUUUUUUACAUUAUAUCUCUUAGUAAUGUACCAAAGAGAUUUUAGUCUUGUCCCGUACUACAGAUUUAUAAUUUCAUUAUUGGAAUCAGUCUGACUAUAUUGUUUUACAUUGAAUAUUAUGAUAGGACUUCAUGUAGGUAGUGCUAUUACAAUGCCUAUUACUGGUGCUUUGUGUCAGACAUCAUUGGGAUGGUCACUAGUUUUCUACUUCUAUGGUGAGUCAAUCAUUUUUGUACAAAUUAAAUUUGAGAUGCUACUAAUUAACAAAAUACGCAUUUACAUUUUAAAUAUCACGCCACACUUAUCACUUGAUGGAUCAUAGUACUAAUUGAAUGGUGAAGUCAAAUUACGUAAACUUGUCUUUUAACAUAUGAUCGAAUAGUUAAAAACACAAUUAUAAAACUAAAGAACCACAUUUACACUAUCAUCAAUAGGAAAUUAAGAGCUUACUUAGGAAUGACUCUGUUAGCUAUGGAUCCCAGUUAAACAUUUUGAAUAUUGAGGGUAUUAUGUUAUUUGUCCAGUAAUUCGAUGCAAAGAGAUUAUUUAUUUGCAUAUUAAUAUACGUUUCCAUUCUACUUAAAACUGCAGCUUGACGAUUUAAUAAAUAUCAUUUUUUCAAAUUUGAAAUCAGGAUAAUUUCAAUCUUAAACUUGUGAAAUAUUGGGAGAAAGCUUUUAAACUGACAACACUUAAUUUAGUAAAUACGUAGAAAUUUUUAAUAGUGCAAAAAAAUUCCUAAAUAUGAAUUUGACUAUACCCUUAAUUGAAAACAAGCACUUAUUUACAUCUCAAUAUCGAAAUGUGAUUCGAUGAUUUAAGUUUUAUGAUUCUAUUUCCUUGAUGUCUUUAUCUCUUCAGAAAUUUAAACUACCUCUUAGUAUUAUUAGUUUUGAAAUGAUAAUUGUGCUUCAACACUUAACGAAUGAAAUUUUGAUUAUUUAUUUGUUUGAACACAUAAAUAUUGGUACAAGAGGGCACCAAAUAUAUAUGCGCCACACCAUAUUUGUGUGUGUGGGCUGUGAUAUUGCCCGGGUGCCCAAACCGAAGCAGGUGGUUUUCUUAGGGGCCACACCCCGAGCCUUUGACCUAAAGGUCUGAUCCACAAGGCAGUGGAGCAUCGUGAGGAGAUGCAGUCCCAUGGUAGCCGGUGACCAACGAUUGGUUCAUACGCCGUUUGUUCCUUCAGGAUACUGGAGCCCAUGUGUACCAUUGGUUUGGAUCCGGUUAAAGCGCCGGACAUUCGCUUUUCGUCGGAUGAACUCGUACAUAAUUGCUAAAAUUAAGUUUUACUUACUAAUUUAAAUAUCUCUAUAAUUCUACCUUUGUGCACUCUCUCACUGUUGAUGUUCUUUUUGUGGUCAUAUCCUAAGUAAUUCUGUUCAUAUCUGCCUUUAAUGCUUGUUGUUACUAGAGUAUCCCAAGCCACUUGUGAACACAUAGCUCUCCUUCAUCUUACUACGGCUAAUUCCAUACCAUAACGAUGAAUCAUUAUACAGGAACAAUAGAAGUUGGAUACUGCAGUAGGGCAAACAACAUACUAAAGGUUAUUGUUCGUGUGAUAAUUAUUAUGCUCAAGCAUAAAGGUUUAUCUGUUUUCCGAAUAAAUGAGUUAUGCUUAUCUGACUAAGAUGGACAAUCAAACGCACUUAAUUCGCUGUGGGAACAUCGGUUUCUUAAGUGAUGAGGGGCGCAAAAUACACUUGGUAGGUGGUUGAAGGCAUUUGACAGAAAGCCCUGAACAUACGUUUUGUACUAGCUGAAAUUGUUCAGCGAUAUGUAUCCGUAAUCAUGAGAUUUAUGUCAUUCUUCGGAUAUGAAUCCUCGUCACCCACGUUUGCAACCAAAGACUUUGCUACUGAGCCACUCAAGGCGUGAGCAACUUCGUACAAAACUGAGAUAUCUAUAUUGAUAACUACUGAAUAGUAACCGAUGUUGUGUUUGUCCAGUUCUUAAUACUGAUCAAGUUCUAUGGAUUACGUUGCAAGCGAUUCCAAGUCACCUAGACAUGUAGCCACACUGAAAGUCGUAGACAUACACUUAGUUGACGAGAAUUAAGACACACGGAGUCUUGGUCGACAGACUACUUCCCAAUCUGCUUCUAAUAUCCAACAUCAAAUAUAAAUUUAUUUGAUCAGUUGAUCUAGCAACAAACUGGUGCUUUUAAACAUUCAUAUGUUUGCCUAUUUUUAAACUUUCUUAUAACAUAAAAGGUGCAGUCAGCUUUGUUUAUUGUAUGAUAUGGUUCAUGUUUGUAUAUGAUGAACCUAAAUUAAAUCCGAGAAUAUCUAUGAAAGAAAAGACUUAUUUAGAAUCAACCUGCCCAGUUAUAAUGAAAAACAGCCAAGGAAAGAUCCCAAUAAAAUCCAUUUUGACAUCACUCCCUGUUUGGGCAUUCAUUGUUGUAAAUAUUGGCAUAGAUUGGAAUUUAUAUACAUUUCUAACUAGCGUACCAACGUAUAUGCGUGAAGUGUUGCACUUUGAUUUUCAACAAAAUGCUCUGCUGUCUUCCCUACCAUACAUCGGCAUGUGGAUAGGACAACUAAUAUUUGGUUGGAUAUCCGACAUCCUUUUGACUCGGCGAAUUCUAACUUUGAGUGUUGUUCGUAAACUGAUGAACAGCAUAGGUAUGUUUGGACCGGCUCUCCUUAUGAUACUGAUCACAUUGUUUGACUAUCAUAAUAAAUAUGCAGUUGUUAUUCUACUAACAUUUGGACUGUUCCUUAGUUCUGGUGUUUUCUCUGGUGGAAUGCUUAGUCCAAUCGAAAUCACACCAAAAUAUUCUGGUUUACUGUUUUCUGCUUCUAAUUCACUUGGCGCAUUGACAGGAUUUUUGAGUCCAGUCGUAGCAAAUGCUUUGACACCAGAUGUUCUGUAAUAUUUCUUAUUGCUGGAUUCAUCUUUCUCAUAUUUUCAUCAUCUAAUAUACAAUCAUGGGCUAUAGAAGUUAUCGAUUAUGAUGAUGAUGAUGAUGUUGCUGAUAAUCAUCAUUCACUUACCGAUAAAAGUUUCUCUCCUACAAUUUGUCAAAUUAACAAAGAGAAUAUAGAAAAUGAACAUAAAGAAUUUGACCAAAUCCAUUUUAAUGUGGUAUCAAUAACUUGAUAUGAAAUUUGCUGCUUAAUUGUUUGUUUUUUUUUUCUUCUCACUAUUAUUUGUAUUACUACUGGUUGUAAUUUUUGCUUUUUAUAAAACUAGUUAUUUGAUACAAUUUGAAGAUGAAAUCGUUGUAUUUGGCAGUAACAAUUCAAUGAAUAUAUACCUAUGUACCUUAACUAAAUGUCUUUACUUUAUGGUAUAGUUAGUUGUUUUUCCUUUUAUAUUUCACAUAAUGGAUUACAAUAUAACUCGUGAACAAUCAAUUACUGUAAUAUUGUACACAUAGAAUUUCAAGUGGUUAGAAUAGGAUUUCGCUUCUUAUCUGAACUAACUAUCCGGUUGUCCCUUUGAUGUGUUCUCAAUCGUGAACAAAAUAAGUGAAUAUGAUUAUACUUGAAUCACUUUAAUUUGGCUAUUGAUUAAUGGGUGACUUUCAGCUAAGCAUGUUACUGAAUAGCUUAUGAAACACAACUUUUACAUUGAAAUUAUGGAUUCCUACUGAAAAUUCUAGUUUCAAAGGGAACCCACAGUGAGGAAUUGACAACUCAAUUUCACCUAGUUGCAUCAUUCUCACUACACACUGAUGAACUUCCAAAGGCUUAUCUUAAUAUUCUAUUUAUAUUGCGAUUUUAGUGAAGUUGAACGAAAAACCUUGUUAAGAUAUAAUCACAGUGGAUUGUUGUAGAUUAAGAUAAAUGUAGACAAUUCAGUUGGAGAUAAGAAACAACUAACUGUAUGACAAGGUUUAUGCAUAUGAAAUUCGAUCU